CAUGCUUCGAGGACCAUGAGUCUUCUUGGGCCUUGGGCCUUGUUUGAAAACCAGUUGCACCUUCUAGCCAUGGAUGGCAACAAGCCUCUGUUGGCACGGGAGAAACCCCAGCCUCAACGACUGUCUCCUGGCCUUUUGGCGAUGAUAGCCGGUGCCUUCUUCUUUUCUCUGAUGGCCUUGAUUGUAAAGCUCCUGAACAGUUUCGGAACUUAUGAGCUUGUUUUCUGGCGCUCGGUUUUCAUGUUUGCAGGUACAAUGUCAAUUUUGGCAGCAAAGGGAAUCAACCCAUUGGGCCCAAGCGGAAGUCGGGUCUUAUUGUGGGUGAGAGCUGCGGCAGGCUUUGGCUUCAUGAGUGGCUAUUAUUAUGCAAUCCAGCAUUUGCCGCUGAGUGAUGCAGUUGUUAUCACUUAUACAAGCCCCGUCAUUACGGCCGUGGCCGCUGCUUUGCUGCUGGGCGAAGCUUGGGGUCGAUUGGAUGCCCUUGGAAGCGUGCUGUGCAUGUUUGGAGUCGUGCUCAUCAGCAAGCCGGGCUUUGUGAUGAGCCUUUUCGGGUUCCCAGCCGAAUCCAUUCCAUUGAAUGGACUCCUUGGAGCCAUCAUUGCUGCGGUCAUGAGCAGUGCUGUGUACCUCUUGGUGCGCGUGCUGAAAGGCGUGCACCCUAUGGUUUUCGUAAACUACUUUGCCGCAGCUGGAAUUGUCCUGGGCCCUAUAUGCAGCUAUGUAUCAGGUGAGAAGUGGAGCUGGCACACUGAGAGAGAUUGGCCACUGCUCGUGUUGCUGGCUGUUUUCUCAGUCGCCGGGCAAGCGCUCAUGAACUUGGGGCUGACUUUGGAGACAGCUGCGAAAGCUACUGCCAUGAACUACUCGCAAGUGGUCUUUGCCUUCGUCUUUCAAACUGCCCUCUUGCAUGAGCCAACUGAUUCGCUUAGUGUGGCCGGCUCCAUGCUGAUUGCUAUGUGGGGUGUUAUUGCUUUAGCCAAAGACGCAGGAAGUCCCAGAGCUGCAGAGGAAGUUGUCAGAAACGAGGCAACGGUGCCCGAAAUGAUGCUGCAACGUCGGAGGUCUCAUGAAUUGGAGCAUCGCAAUUCAGAGUUUGAUGCUCACUAAAAUGUAGAUGCAAGAUGAAGGAGGCCAGUCAGCGCCCAUUUGCCGAUUUUGUUGUUCCCAUUUUCAAGUGGAUGGAUUGAUGUUGAACCACCAAAGUGAUCUUGAGAACCGAU